AUUAAUCGCUGGUAUUUGAGCGGAUUACCUGGAUAAGCCAUUAGGAAGUAGUUCCAUCAAUCCCUCUCCCAUCUAGCCUCCCUCGUAGGCGUUUUUAGGCAGGCGUCGCUCGCUCCCCCUCCCUCCCAUCCUGUACCACCGGUGUCCGUCCUUAAAAAUCAAGAAAAUUGCGUAUUCAAAAAUGAACAACAAACUUGAUAUAUAUCCCUCGUAAAAUCGAGCUUCCAGGAAAGAAAAACCACAAACGGAUAUAUUUACAACCCAACUCAUACGUCAUACAUCUCUCAGAUUCGUGCCCAUCUUUGAAAUCCUUCACUGAUGCGUGUGGGAAGCCUGUGGUGACUCUCCGGCCAUGCGUUUUCUGUGACAACGCGAGAUGGUCAGAUACCGUACACUGUAUGUCUCUUUUUGUUGUCAGCGGCAGGAGGCAGAUCUUACAUGCGCGCGCACAAGAAGACGCCAUAUUGACAAAACCGACCGAACGAAAGAUCUCAAACAUUUAUCGGUAGAUCGCUGGUUAUUUUUGUAUAUCUUGAGAAUACUGAAGCAGUCUAACUCCUCGAGGAAUGACUACCGCCGCCAGACCUACAUGGGACACGGCGAGGGGAGGAAGAGGCAAGGGAGAGGGGGAUUUGUCAGCGCUUUCUAAACAGUACUCGAGUCGCGAUCUUCCCUCUCACAACAAACUCAAACACAGACAAACAGGCCAAGACACCACCGAAGAAAUUCGCAGCCGUGACCUUCGCAAGGAGCUUGAAGAGCGAGAGCACCAAGCUGCCCGGGAACGUGCCAAGGAAAAGUCAGGGAGGGGCCUAGUGGAGCUACCCAAGCGACCAAGACUUGAACAAGCAGCCAGCAAUCUAGAUGCAGAUGACCCAGUUGAUGAUGAUGAUGAAGAUGAUGAUUCUGACGCCAGUGAUGAUGAGGACGACACAGCUGAACUUCUUGCGGAGCUUCAGAGAAUCAAGAAAGAGCGUGCUCAGGAAGAACUUAGAAAGGAAAAACAAAAAAAAGAGGAGGAAGAGAAAGUAAGGAUGGAGAACAUCAUGUCUGGGAACCCAUUACUAAACCCACAGAGUAACUUCAAGGUCAAGAGAAGGUGGGAUGAUGAUGUUGUAUUCAAGAACUGUGCAAAAGGCGAAGAUGAAAAGGGCCAACACUUCAUCAACGACAUGAUCCGAUCAGAUUUCCACAGAAAAUUCAUGGAAAAAUACAUAAAAUAAAAAAAUGUACCAUACAAACUUUGUAUUUGUACAUAACAGGUUUGGGCAAACCCAUGAUAAAGUGAUUGCCCUUAAUGAAAUGCAGUGAAAUGCAAAACUUUCGAACCUCUUUAUUUGAUGCAUGAUAGAAUGCACCUUGUCUGAUGUCAGCUACAUCAGAAUAGGAUAGCUUUCAACUAUCCUGCACAAGGUGGGAGUCUCUAAAUUGUUCUUCAAAGCUCCAAAACUCAUGAUUUUGCAUUGUAUCUCCAGUUUUUGGACUAAAAACAUCAGACAAAAAACAAAAGGCAAAGGUUUUUGAAAAACCUAAUCUCAUUUUGGAAAAAAAGAUCUCAAAACUAAAAUUUCAAGGUUUGACAAGUGUAUGAUUGACUAGUUAUGAAAUGCUUAUUCCUGCAAGCGGUAGCUUUCUAGUCUUAUUUUGUCUCUCAUUUGUUGUAAAGAUGCUGUAACAAUAUUUAAUAAAGAAAGAACAUACUGUA